AAAAAGAAAAAGAAAAAGAAAAAGAAGACCCUCGAGCUCUCCUUAAUGUUGCUGUCCUUGUUUUCUAUCCAAGCCCCUUUGGCAACUUUUCCACCCUAUCUUGUCUCUUCAUAGAAACUUAACAUUGUAGGAGCUUUCUCUCCCUUUGCUUGUUAUUCUUGCCUUCCCAUCACUGCUAAUCUACAAAAUCAGCAGUGUUUUCUGUUGCGCUCAUCUGCUUUAUAUCAAUUAUUGGGAAGAAAUUCUCACGAACCAAACAGGAACUAUCCAAUCUAAACUCUUGUGUUCAGAUUUUGGGAUUCCAGUCUGUAGUAUGAAGGUCGUGUGCAACUGUUUUGAAUGAUUUCAUUCCCAACCUCUUCAAAUACCACUUUCUGUUCUCAAAAUAUUCAUGAUCUUAGCAGGAAGAAAGAGAAGCAUGAUGUUCUUAAUAGCUUAAAACUCUCUAGUCUUUUUAUUAAAAUCAGUAAUGGCGACUCUAGACAACCCAAAAACUUGGAUACCAUAUAUGGGCAGCAAAGACUGUUCUCAAGGCUUCUGUACUUUAUACUGUCCUCAGUGGUGCUACAUCGUCUAUCCUCCUCCACCUCCCUUUGAAUUCCCAGAUGGGAAUUCUGGUCCAAAUUUCUCCCCUCUUGUUAUUGCAAUCAUUAGCAUUUUGGCAAGUGCUUUCCUUCUUAUAAGUUACUACACCAUUAUAUCCAAGUACUGUGGCAAUGGGGACUCGGCUAGAAGAGACGAUCAUGACUUGAGUGAAGAAUCGGAAGAUAAUCAGAGCCAUUCUCUCCAUGAACCAUGGCAUGUUGUAACUGCUGGCUUGGAUGAAGCUCUUAUAAAGUCUAUCACAGUAUGCAAGUAUAAGAAGGGAGAAGGGUUGGUUGAAGGCACUGAUUGCUCUGUUUGUCUCAGUGAGUUUGAAGAAGAUGAGAGCAUAAGGCUCUUACCAAAGUGUAGUCAUGCUUUCCAUCUCCCAUGCAUUGAUACCUGGCUCAAAUCCCACUCGAAUUGCCCUUUAUGCCGUGCUAAUAUAGUAUCUUUAGGCGGUACGCCGCUUCCUUUGCCUGCACCAGUGACCGACAUACCUUCGAGUAAUGAGACUUUGCCGGGAACCCAACAGGCAAAUGAAAAUGUAACCCUUGCCCAAGACUUGGAAAGCUAUGUUAGGGAGGAAGAAAUGGUGCAUGGUGAUACAGCUCCAAAGACCUCAGUACGUGCUUUUAGUGAUUUGGGCAACUCAGAAGAGAGAGAUACAAUUAUUGAGAUUAGAGAUGGAGGAUAUCAGCAUGUUAGAAGAUCGUUUUCCAUGGAUCUUUUGUGCCAAAGCCGUCCUUCCGUAGCUGAUAUAUUGUGCAUGGAUGAAGAUCAUGAAGAUGUUCAAGUAGUAGUGGAAGAUUGCGUUGGUGAUUCUAGCUCAUCGAAGCAACUAGCAGCAGGAGUCGAGGAGAAGUCUAGCAGUAAAAGCAGGGUCUUGCAUAUGGUAACGAGUCCUAUUGCAAUGAAGAGAUCAUUUUCAAGCGGAAGAUUCUUUCUCACCAGGCAUGGGAGGAGACGGCAAACGGUCAUUCCAGUCUGAAAAAAAGGAAAAGAGAAAAAAAACAGAAGUCUUUGAAGUAAAUGAAUUUAGUAAUAUUCUUGAUGAGAUUACAAAAUUUUUGUUUGAGAUUAUGGAAUUUGAUUAUUGUCC